AUGAAUAACUCAGUAGUAUCAGACAACAGUUUUAUCAUUGAAAGUGAGGAAGAAGAUGAUAAGGAUUUUAAUGAUGGAAAUGAUUCUGAUUCUUCAAAUUACUCGAAUGAAAAUCCGCCACAAAGGAAACCAAGUUCUUAUAACCCUUCAUGGCCUCAGAGUUACAGGCAAUCAAUUGAUUUAUACAGUAGUGUACCAUCUCCGAAUAUUGGAUUUCUGGGAACUUCUUCUUUUUCAAGAUUGAGUAGUUCUUUUCUUUCUACAUCUCUAACAAGGAGGCACACUCCGGAAGCACUUCCUUCGGUCACGAAGCCUCUGAUACAACAACAGAUAGAAGAUGAGCCGCAACAAAGACGAAGCUCUCACGCGUUGCUUCCGCCUUCUGCUAGAAGGUCUUCUAUGCUUAAGAAAGACUCUAAGGUUUCUCAUGAAGUUCCUUCUGGCCAUUGCUCAUUCGGACAGGCUGUGCUUAAUGGCAUAAAUGUUCUUUGUGGAGUAGGGAUUCUUUCAACUCCUUAUGCUGCUAAAGAAGGAGGAUGGGCUGCUUUUGGUACUGCUGGACGUAUCGCCAUUUCAAUAGUAUUGUACGUCGAAUUAUAUGGCUGUUGCAUUGAGUAUAUAAUUUUGGAAGGCGACAACUUGGCUUCGUUGUUUCCAAACGCAUACUUAAAUUUAGGUAUAAUUGAGUUGAAUCCGAAAACACUCUUUGCUGUGAUUGCCACUUUGGCUGUUCUUCCUACAGUUUGGCUCCGCGACCUUAGCAUUCUUAGUUACAUUUCAGCCGGUGGAGUUAUUGCAUCCGUUGUAGUAAUUCUGUGCUUGUUUUGGGUUGGCGUUGAAGAAGUUGGCUUUCAACGCUCGGGGACAACGCUCAAUCUUGCAACUCUACCUGUUGCUAUUGGUCUUUAUGGCUACUGUUAUUCAGGACAUGCUGUGUUCCCAAACAUUUACACAUCGAUGGCGAAUCCAAACCAAUUCCCUGCAGUACUAGUAGCAUGUUUCGGAGUUUGUAGCUUACUGUAUGCUGGAGGUGCUGUUAUGGGAUACAGAAUGUUUGGAGAAGAUACACUCUCUCAAUUCACUCUUAACCUGCCACAAGAUUUAGUUGCAACCAAGAUUGCAGUCUGGACUACGGUGGUUAAUCCAUUUACCAAAUAUCCUUUAUACGCCACCAUCAUCGAUACGUAUGCAUUGACUAUAUCUCCGGUGGCAAUGAGUCUUGAAGAGUUGAUACCAUCGAACCAUUCCAAGUCUUACCUGUUUUCCAUUUUCAUCAGAACAGGCCUUGUAUUUUCUACCCUUGUUAUUGGUCUCUCAGUUCCAUUUUUCGGUUUGGUAAUGUCGUUGAUUGGAUCUUUACUUACAAUGCUUGUAACUUUGAUUCUACCAUGUGUUUGUUACCUAAGAAUCUUGCGAGGCAAAGUCACGCGAUUACAGUCAGGACUUUGCAUUGCGAUUAUUAUAGUAGGCGUUGUGUGUUCUUCCGUUGGAACGUACUCAGCGCUUUCGGAGAUUGUUAAGAGUUUGAGUGGAUGA